AUGCGCCCGCGCUGCCAUGGCGUGGCGGUGGGACAGAGUGGCCGCUGCGUUCUGCGUGCAGCUGGCCGUCUGUCUGGGCGUGCAGGCGCAGGGGAAAGCGCCGCAAGACUGCCGCUUCGACCAGCCGUGCAGCUUUCUGCAAGUCCAAGUGAGUAUAAAAGCUGUUUUGCUGCGGAUUCCGAAGUUGCAUGCAGUUUGGAGCAGGCAGAGGCGGGCGCGAAGGCCGAGACGCGGGAGGAAUACGUGGAGAACUGGGUGGCCGUGGGGCUGUUUGUGGCGAUAAUCUUGUUGUCAGUGGCGUUUGAAGCAUUUGUGGGGACUUUUGAAGAGUUUUUAAGACGAAGACGGCUCUUGAAGCUGCAAGAAAUGCUGAACUGCGCCUUCAAGGAACUCACCAUCCUCGGCUUCAUCAGCCUGUUCCUGUACGCCGCCGUGCGGCUGGGGGCCGCGCGAAAGCUGAACGACAAGUACUUGGGAGUGUCCAAGACGGAAGAGGCCGCAGUGGCUGAGGCGGAGGCCCGCGGCGAAGAGCCGCGGCCGCCCACGCACUUGACGGAAACUUUCGAAACUAUUCACGUUUUGAUCUUCAUGGUAAUGCUGGCCUUUUUGCUGCAGGUGGCUGCGCUCACGGCGCUGGGGCAGCGCACGAUGCAGCAGCUGCAGCAGCUGGACGCGAAGCCGGAGGCGGAGCUGCAGGCAGCAGCAGCAGCAGCAGCAGCAGCAGCGCUGCAGCCUGCUGCUGCCGCGCAGCUGCAGCAGGCGCUGCAGCACUGGGCGCUGCGCCAGCGCUUCCUCUUCGCCGCAAACCCCCUCCUCCCCAGGCCCAGGCUGCAGCAGCCGGGCUCUCCAGUCUUUUCUUUUGCUGCUUAUUUGAAUUAUUGUUUUGGAGAAAGCUUGGCAGCAAUGGUGGAGCUGCCCCCCAGCGUCCUCGUCCUCGCGCUGCUGCUGCUGCUGCUGCUGCGGCCCGCCCUCGCCCUCUCCGGCAGAGAAGUCAUUGCCUUCAUGGCUGCUGCUGCUUUCUUGCUGCUGCUGCUCACUUCCUUGGCCUUCGCCUUCCUCACCUUCGUCGACUCCAAACUCCGGCCCGACUCGGGGGCCCUCCUGGCGCUCUUCGGGGGCCCCAGGGGGCCCUUCACUGCCCCAUUGACGACAUGCUUAGACCCCCGCUACUGCCGGCGGCUGCUGCAGCUGCUGCUGUUCUUCCACGCAGCCUACACUGCCGUGCUGCUGUUGUGCUGCUGCGCCCAAGAGAACGGCUCCCGCUACAUCUGGUGGACCAAUGGUCACUGGGCCUACCCACUCACCUUCCUGCCCCUCGCCGCCUCCUUCUUCACCUGGACAAGGCUGCUGAGGACCUUCACGACUGCAUUUCACCUGGACUUUCUUGCCAGUGCGAAAACCAUAAGAGCAGUGGAGGCGGAGCAAGACGAAGGCGGCAAGAUCGAAAAUGCUGCAGCAGUGCAGCGGCAAAGCCUCCUUGCAGCUUUCCGGCGGCUCCCCCGCGAGGCCCAGGCCUACAUCAGAAGUCUUUUUUCAAGUUUGGCGGAGCACUCUGAGAGAUUUCCGCAUGCAGCGCGCAGUGGCUACUUGCAGUUCGAAGACUUCAAAGCAUUUGUUGUUCUUUUGGGCUCUUUGGGGGUCGACAAAAAGGACUAUCCGCAGCACCAGCGGGCGACUCUGGGGCGGCUGUUCGAGUUCCUGGACGCCGACGGAGACAGACAAAUUUCGCCGCAGGAGCUGGAGGCGGCGCUCAGCGGCGCAUCUCCGAAGACGGCAGAGGCCGCAUCACAGAGGCCAGCCUCUUCGCCUGGGCGCGGCGGACUCGCCUGCGCUCGCGGGCCUUCGCUGGGCCAGCGGGGUAGCGGUGGACCACCGAGUGGACCACUGGUCACCCCUGCUGCAGCAGCAGCAGCAGCAGCAGCAGCAGCAGCAGCAGGGAGUGUUGAGCAAUAA